GUGAGAUAUUGCCGUCAUGAAAUGCAUGCGCAUUAGAGAAGUUUAAAUCGAUCGGCUGUACCUUCUAGAAGCAGCCAUGGAAGAUGCUUCCACCAUUGUUAUCUACAGCUCGCCGGAGCAUCUCAACACCAUGUUCCUUCUCGCCAAGUUCAUCACCAAAAACCAGCUUACAGUCAGAGUCACCGUUCUCUGUUCUGCUCCAGCUCCGGCGGAAGUACAGGAUUUGGCGUCCGUCACUUACCAUCGCAUCCCCGAAGCCGUUCCUUCUGUACCGAUCGACGAUUUGGUCGAACAAUUCUUCGAAAUUCCUCGCCUCAGCAACGCAGAUGUUCGCAAUGCUCUCCAGGAAAUCUCUCGGAAAUUCAAAAUCGACGCGCUUGUCAUCGAUUUCUUCUGCUACUCGGCGUUCGAGGUAUCUACGAGCUUGAAUAUUCCGACGUAUUUCUAUAUUAGCGCCGGCGGAUUCGCCGCUUGUUUUCUCUUCUACUUUCUGGUGAUAGAUGAAAACGUUCAUGGAAACAUCGCGGAUCUGGACGAGUUUCUGGAAUGUCCUGGAGGACCGCCGGUUCACACAUCGGAAUUACCCAAGCUGAUUGCCUUCCGUCGGAAUAAAACUUACCAACACUUUCUGAGAACCGCCAUGGAAGCUAAGAAAUCGAAGGGAAUCCUCGUGAAUUCCUUCGAUGCUCUCGAGUUUCGCGCUAAGGAAGCAUUAUCGAACGGUUUAUGCGUUCCGAACGGCGUAUCUCCUCCAGUUUACUUCGUCGGACCUCUGAUCGGCGAAACCGCCGGCAAAAGUAACGGCGGCGUUCACGAAUGCGUGAAAUGGCUCGAUUCGCAGCCGAAUCGAAGCGUUAUAUUCCUUUGCUUCGGUAGAAGAGGUUUGUUUUCAGCUAAACAGGUGAAGGAGAUCGCAGUCGGAUUAGAAAACAGCGGUCACCGCUUCCUCUGGUCGGUUCGGCGUCCGCCGGAGAUGCAGAGCUCGUCGCCGGCGGGGGAAUUUGAGUUAGAUGAAAUCCUGCCUGACGGUUUUCUAGAAAGGACGAAAAAGCGUGGGUUAGUUAUACAAUCGUGGGCCCCACAGAAGGAGGUACUGAGUCACAACUCGGUCGGCGCGUUCGUGACUCACUGCGGCCGGAGCUCCAUACUUGAGGCGGUGUCGUUUGGGGUUCCGAUGAUCGGCUGGCCGAUAUACGCCGAGCAGCAUAUGAAUCGUGUUCUUCUGGUGGAGGAAUUCAAGCUGGGGCUGCCGCUGUCGGCGGCGCCGGCGCCGGCGGACGGCUUCGUGACGGCGGAGGUAUUGGAGAGUCGAAUUCGGGAGAUGAUGGAGUCGGAGACUGGGAGGGCUAUCAGGCACCGUACGUCGGAGAUGAAGGUUUCCGCCGCCGCGGCGGUGCGGGGGAACGGAACGUCGGUGGCGGCGCUGGAGCAAUUCGUUCGAUCACUGCGUGAAGGUUAAAAUAAGAGGUUUGUUACUGCGGUAAUUAUAUUUAUCAGUUGCUGUCUGCUAUCUAAAUUUAUGUUAUUUUUUUUUA